AUGUUUCCCAAUACUAAGAAUUUCUAUUUGCCGAUUACUCUCUCGAUAUCUCUUCAACUUGCUGCUGUAGUUCCUCCCUAUGAUUUUAAAAAUCAAAAGCUAAAACAAUCUAACCUUUUUAAAGGUUAUUCAAUAUUUCUAUCAUGCCUUGUAAUAGCAACAUCUGUGAUAUUUGGCAGGGAAAGAUUUUUGGUGUUUCUGGCACAACAUUCAACACCGAUGAAAAUUCUGGAUCUGUUAAAUGAAUUUUUUGGAAUCGUUAUGUUUCUAGUAACAACCCUGGGAGCAAACUUUUGGAACACUAACGAAUGGUGUACCUUAUAUCAGAAGUUAUCUAAUGUUCCAAAAACGAAUAUCUGUAAAAACAAAGGUUGUCUUACAACAAAUACAGUGUUUGUUCUUUCCACUAUAUUUGUGGGAAUUUCACAAGGCGUCUUCUAUUAUGUAUGGGGCAGCACCACUGUACUGGUAUAUGUAUCAUACAGUGUUCAUUAUUACAUAGGCAUGCUAUUAUCGUUUGAAAUUCACGAAGUUACAAAAUCUAUCACAAAAAGUUAUUAUUUCAUAAACAAGUCACUGUCGGAUCUUCAAAUCAAAGGAAUCGAGUGUCAUAAAGUGAAAAUCUUAAAACUGGUGGAGGAACAAUAUCAAGAGUUAUUUCAAAUUGUGAACCACUUUAAUAACGUGUUUGGCUGGUCUAUUCUAACAGUUCUUUUUAACAAUGGAAUAUUGCUGUUGAGUACCAUUACCUUUAUGACCUCAAUAGGACAAACUAAAAUAGACCUAAGCGAAAACGACAUGAGGGGUCUAUAUAUUGCCAACGCCGUUUUCACAUGUGUGUGGCCCGUUAUAAUCAUAUUUUCUUGUGACUUCACCAAAAAUGAAGCCCAGAAGAUUUUGAUAAACUGCUCCAGUCUGCACAAAACCAUGUUGUUACCAGAAGAAGUAUUGGCUUUGAAUUCUUUUGAAAAUAAAGUUUAUACCAAUCUCCCAAAGUUUACAGCUGCUGGCUUUUUUGAAAUAACUCGGAACACCUUACUACAGUUUAUAAGCAGUUUGACGUCGUAUUUGAUAAUAUUAAUACAAUUAAGAUAAAAAUAACCAAAGUUAAAAAUUUUGUUGGUUGAAGAAUUUUUAUUUUUGUAAGAUUUAUAAAAAAAUAAUUACCUGUAUAUAGUGUUUGUAUCUGUGUGCAAUUAAAAAGUAUCCAC